AUGGACGAAAAAUUGAAUGAAAUGGAAAUGGAAUUAGCUAUGGUUCAUCUGGCCAAACCAGAAAUCAAUGACUAAAUUGAAGAAUAUAAAGUUUACACAAGGAGAUAUAUAAUGGCAUCCUUUUUUGCAUUCUCCACUAUCUGUUCAUCUAUGAUGUUUUCAACUUGCAAUCCAAUCGCAUCAGUUUUGGCAGCAGUUUAUGAUAUCCCAACAUUUGUUGUUUCAUUAGCUGCCAAUGGAUUUCUACUAAUGCAUCCUCUUUUGACUUUUGUAUAAACAUUUAUUGUCAAUCAAACAGAUAUUUCAGUUAGUCUCAAAAUUGGAUGUGCAUUAACAUUGCUAGGUGCAUUAAUCAGAACGGCCACAAUUAUAUCAGAGAGAUUUUACACUGUUAUUUUGGGAUCCCUUAUUGCUGGAAUGGGGAGACCCUUCAUUAUCAACAUUUAAGCCAAUGUUGCAAAAGAAUGGUUCAGACCCGAGGAUAAGACUACUGUUAUGAUCGCCUUCUCAUUCAUCAUUACAUGUUCAAGUGUUUUUGGUGUUAUAGUGCCAGGCUAGAUAUUCAAGGGAUAUCAAUAUGAAACUGAUCCUGAUGAUGGUAAAUGGCUAACAGGAGAACUGAUGGUUAUUGAAUUAGAAAUCUUUAGUGCUAUUUUAAUUCCUGCCAUUCUAUUCUUUAGACCAAGUCCCCCUACUCCACCUGGUCCAAUCAAUAAAUUUAGAGAUGAGUUUACAUACAUGCAAUCCUUGAAGAUCACAGCGAAGAAUAAAAAUUUUCUCCUACUUUUCGUAUGUUAUAGUCUGUUGAUGGGUGGAUUUCAUGCUUUGGCUGUCGUCAUUUCGUACCUUUUUAAUCCCUUUGGUUUCACCCCCUCAUAAACCAGUUUCAUAUGUAAAUUAUUUACCUUUUACAGUUCAGAAAGUUCUCCUAUUGUAUGUGGAUUUGUUAGUUCAGUCAUGUACUCCAUAUUAAUCAGAAAAUACCAUUUGAAUCAUAAGAAAAUAGUUUUGUUCAAUUUGAUCCCUGUUUUAGCUAGUUUGGGUUUGAGUUACUUUGCCUUGAUGACUGAAAGUCUGCCUCUUGUGUUGAUAUGCUAUUCAGUUCUUGGCUUCUUUGUGAUCCCUUGCAUACCAUUGCAACUUGAAUUAGCAUGCAAAGUCCUCCAUCCUAUUAAUCAAACCAUAGCAGUAGGCUUUUUACUGGCCGGCGUACAUAUAUGGAGUUUCGUUUUCGGUGAGAUUCUUUCAGUAAUAACUCAUGACCAAAAUAAAACUCAAGCCUUCUAUGGAUGUCUAUUGUUGUUUCUAUCAUUUCUGGCUGCGGCAAUCUGUUUCUCUAGAGUGAAAUUACCCAAGGAAGAAGAGGAAGAGGAAGCUACUUAGGUUAAUCAAUCUACUCAAGAUGGAAUAUGA